AUGGUUUAUACGGUCAAUACCGUAGACGAUUUUGGCCUGAUAAUCAACAAACAUCACACGUCUGCAGGACAAGCAACCGGGAAAAAGUUACUGCCCUUGACACUACCAGAUAAUUUUGCACCUGAAAUGUUCACACUUGUUAGAAAGGAAAUGUUUUCCAUUGGACAAUUGCCAUCGAAUGUUGACACAAAAGAGCUGAAAAGAGCCAUAUCAUUUCUUAUGGAAGCAUUAUCAUUAAUGACAUCUUCUUGUCUCUUUUAUGUUAUGUUACAACUCAUGGACUGCGUCUCACUAGUCCAUGACCUUUCACCUGCAAUUUUUAAGAGUCGAUUUAUACAGUGUGUGUGUACUGCAGAUUUCCCGUUAUUUCAUCUAGUCUUCUUAUUAAAGUCAAGAUUUCAUGGUGAACUGUUUACAGAUUCUGAUGAAGAAUUGAUUAUCAGAAGGUUGUUAAUUUAUGCAAAUAACCCAUCAUUUACUUCAGGUCAUAGGUUACUCUGCUAUGAUUGGUUGUUGCAUUUUCCAGAAAACCAGCAACAACCAUCAAUACAUUCCGAAGAAGAUAUUCCAGCCACGUUAGAUUAUAGCUACUAUGCUUCAUUGUUCCCAAGAGUAUUUGAUGACAUAAACACUAAAGUCACCAAACUGAAUGUACUCAGUUUAUGUUUUGAGCCUGGCAACACACCAGAUUCUGCAGCCGCUAUGUUGAUGAGCAGUUUGGUUUGCUUACACAAAUCAGUCCACUAUGGUGUUACUGGUAGGCCUGCCAUUGCACUCUAUAGAGUAUUAUUUACCUACUAUAGACGCCAUCAAAAUACAACAUUAGUCGAUGAUAUUUACAAGUUUAUUCUUUCUUUAUUCAUGGAACAUCCCAAAUUUGCUUCACAGACCAUUGAUUUCUUAGAAUAUAUUAGGGAAAUUACUGCAGAUAG